UAUAUUAACUGAAAAGCCUGGAGGCGAGGGGGAGGAUGGUGUGUGCUUUAGCAGCUCACCACAGCCUGCACUUUACUCCUGAACACUUUUUUAUUUUACUGGAUCUGUGAGGUUUUCUUUUUGUGGUGUGAGGAAUCCCUGCGCCAUCAUGAACCCACCCUGUGGAAGAUGCAAUAAACCAGUUUAUCCCACAGAAAAAAUAAACUGCCUUGAUAAGUAUUGGCACAAAGGUUGUUUCAGCUGUGAGGUUUGCAAGAUGGCCCUGAGCAUGACGAACUACAAAGGAUUUGAGAAGAAGCCCUACUGUAGUAUGCAUUACCCCAAAACCUCCUUCACUAUAGUGACCGACACCCCUGAGAAUCUGCGUCUCAAACAGCAGAGCAUGCUCAACAGCCAGGCCCUUUACAAGGAGGAGUUUGAAAAGAACAAGGGGAAAGGUUUCAGCGUGGUGGUCGACACUCCUGAGAUGCAGAGACUGAAGAAGACACAAGACCAGAUCAGUAACAUCAAGUAUCAUGAAGAAUUUGAGAAGAGCAAAUUUCGAGAUGAUGCACCUCCUCCUGAAAAUAGACAAGAUUAUAACGAGCAACCAUCCAACCCUGAAAGAUUCGGCCAGCCAGCUGGACAGAUGCGCCCAGCUGCUGUAGCACCGGCUAAAGGAGGGAAGUGUUACCAGGCCAUAUACAGCUACAUAGCAGCAGAAGCAGAUGAAGUUUCUCUCCAGGAAGGUGAUCUGAUCUUAGAUGUGGAGCCAAUAGAUGAGGGGUGGAUGUUUGGCUGCAACCAGCGCACAGGGCAGCGGGGCAUGCUCCCUGCAAACUAUGUCCGACCUGUGUGAAACAAACAGACCUGUCCCACAGACAUUACGGUCCAUUCCCAGAAUGAUCUGCCUACAGUCAGUUAUCUUUAAAUCACCUUUUGCAAAACAAAACACCCUCCCUGGUUCUGCUUUGCCUUUUCUGUCAUGAAUGUGGUUUUCAAAUAUGCACUGUGAGGUUUUGAAAAAAAGAAACUGACAUUUUACUUUAGAAAAGGGAAAAAGGUUGGUGUGAAAAAGUAUUCUGUAUAAAAACCCACUAAAAAGAAGCUGAAAGCAGAAGCAAUAAACUCACAAAACACCUACAGUUCACUACAAUAUUUCAUAUGUAUUCUUUUAUCUUUCUCAGGUAACAUUUAGCUGUUUAUGUACACAUCACUCGGCCGUAAAAUGCAGCCCCGGCCUUGGAAAUACACAACCAGAUACAUUUAAGUUUCAGAUCAGUGUUGAAUGUCUGUUCAACAACAUGUCUUCAGUAUCUUCUUAUAAAGCCAUUUUAAACACUUGUUCACUAUAUAGAGUGUAAUUUAUGCAUCAUGGUUAGAGCAUGAGCUGAUUCAAUUAAGGGAAAUAUUUUGCGCUGUGUAAUUUUUCCUUCAUUA